UUGCAUUAGACAGCAGAUUUUACUUUAGUAUCAAUUGACAAAUUUUUAUCAAGUACGACGGAUGAAGGCGAUCCUCGGAUUUUACUAAUUAUAUUCCUACCCUUACAAAACACUUGUUUGUUUUACUUAAGAAAGCAUCAUGGAAGACGAAGCAAAGAAAGGCUGCGGAUGCGGUCCCGGUUACGCAACGCCAUUGGAAGCAAUGAAAGGUUCUCCGGAGAAAAUUCUUUACAUACCGUGCAUUCAGGGGAAAAAGGGCAAGCAUGAUUACGUAGCCACGAUUGACGUCGAUCCUAGCAGUCCAACUUACAGCCAAGUAAUCCACCGUACUUUUAUGCCUUACGAGAAUGACGAAUUACAUCACAGUGGUUGGAAUUCCUGUAGCAGUUGCUACAACGAUUCCUCACAAUCACGUGAUUAUAUCGUCUUUGCCGGCCUGAUUAGCGACCGGAUUUAUGCAAUCAAUGUUUCCAAAAACCCAAGAGCUCCUGAAAUUCACAAGAUUAUCGAGCCAAAUGAACUGCAUGAUCUCGAUCUUAGCGCGCCACAUACUCUUCACUGCCUUGCUGACGGAAAUGUGAUGGUGUCUACAAUGGGAAAUGCACGUCGGGAAGCCAAAGGCUCUUUUCUGUUGAUCGAUGCAAAGGAAUGGAGAGUUAAAGGCUUGUGGAGUGAGACGUCCACGAAUUUCGGUUAUGACUUCUGGUAUCAGCCCCGGCAUAACGUUAUGAUUUCUUCGGAGUGGGGUUCUCCUUCAGCUUUUUGUACUGGAUUCUCCAUGGAUCACGUGGCUACAGGCAUGUAUGGUCAAUCUCUACACGUAUGGGACUGGAAAGAACGAAAACGAAUCCAAACCUUGGAUUUGGGUAGUGAAGGUCUGAUGCCACUUGAAAUCCGUUUCCUCCAUGAACCGACGGCCAAAACUGGAUUCGUUGGUUGUGCAUUGACAGCCAAUGUCUUUCGUUUUCAUCAAGUGGAAGACGGAACAUGGAAGGCGGAUAAAGUCAUCGAUGUGCCAUCAUGGAAAGUGUCCGGCUGGGCUCUUCCAUCCAUGCCUGGAAUAAUCACUGACAUAUUAAUAUCAUUGGACGAUCGCUUUCUCUAUCUGUCAAACUGGGUGCAAGGUGAUAUCCGACAGUAUGAUAUAAGCGACCCAACUAAACCUCGACUGGUAGGCCAGACUUAUGUUGGUGGAAGUGCAGUGAGUGGUGGGGGUGUAACUAUCUUGGAAGACAAUGUCAAAGCGCCGGAACCCUUGGUUGUGAAUGGGAAAAGAUUCUAUGGUGGGCCUCAGAUGCUUCAGCUCUCACUGGAUGGUAGGAGAUUGUACGUUACAACGUCGCUAUUCAGUCCGUGGGACCGUCAAUUCUAUCCGGAUAUGGUCGAAAAAGGAUCCGUUUUGUUGCAGAUUGACGUGGACGUCAAUGUUGGCGGUCUCAAGAUUAAUCCGAAACUAAUGGUUGAUUUUGGCGCCGAGCCAGGCGGACCGGUUCUUGCUCACGAAAUCCGAUAUCCCGGCGGCGAUUGCAGUUCAGACAUUUGGCUCUGACAUCGUCAUCGACGAAUCAUUUCCCUCAAUCAAGUUGGAUGCCCUAAAUUAUGUAGCAUCUAAAAGGGCAAUCCAAUAGCGGAAAAAAUCAUAAAUACACAUGGUCCUGAUCGCUUUUCA